AUGAUACCCAACUCUUCUGCCGGCGGCCAAUCCUGGGGCCACCCCUUGCGCAAUGUCGAUUACGGCUCCGGACGCGUGGAUGCUUCUCAAGCUUUCAAUACCCCCGACUUUCGAUCCGAGAGGCAACAAUAUACACCCGUCAUGCCGCCGCAUACCGGGCAGCCAACUGUUAUCGAUCUCACCUCGAGUGCAAAUGAUGCGCAUGAGAGGGAACCCCCGGCAAAGCGACUGAAACUGGAUAUAUCUGCUGGGCCGUCCGCAAAUGAUGCAAGUCCCGCGCCGGCGAAUAUUGGAGACUCAAGGCCCACCCCAGCAGGGGCCUCAAAGCCCUCCGCGCUCUCCUGGCGUGGUCGUCCCGUAUGGUCCUUCCAGGCUAUGAUUUCGGAGGUCACCGGCGGUGCAGAAGUCACAGUGGAGGAUGUGGUUUUGACGCCCGAGGGCAAACGGCCCGCGUCGCCUCCUCCGUAUCCCCAGCCGUCUUGGAAGAGCGCACUACCGGAGCAGCUUGGAGGUAACGCGACAAGAGCACCAGAAUCCAGCUCCGCGAAGAAAGUACAGACGACCCCGUUCCGCGUCGAAGUGCCAUCUGUAGCGCCUGCUCUCAAAGGAGACAAAGUGGCUGAUUUUGCACCAUGGUCUGGGGGGCACCCGGAGGAUGUCUUGAAUGAGCAUACGGUGAAACAGGGACACUACGACCGCACGCAGGUUUCCCAGAACGAGUCCAAUACGGCGCGCCCAUCUCUUUAUGCGCAAUUGAAGCACCGCUCUGGCCUGCAGAUGCUGUCGUCUGUUUUCAUGUCUGCGUUGGAUAAAAGACAAAACCACAAUACAGUAAAUGCGCCAUCAAACUUCAAGCCGCCACCUCGCGUUACUUUGACGGAUAAUAAACGUGAAGCUUGGCUCCGUGAUCUUGCCAAUCCGUCGGUUCCCCUUCGCAGAUUGAGCCGCACGAUUCCCCACGGCAUCCGAGGCAAGGCUCUCCUUGAUCAAUGCUUAAGCAAGUGGAUUCCGGUCAACCGAGCCGUAUGGCUUGCAAAGUGUGUCGGCGCCAACGAGAUACGAGCCUGCAAGAGACAAGGAAGGUCCGGCACAGUAGUGGUGGGCUCGGAUGUCAAGUGGGUUCGUGACUGGACGAGCGGUGUACAGCAGUUCCUCGAGGGAGUAAUAGGGACCUGUGGAUCGACAGACUGGAAGUCCAAAAUGACAUAUGCAACCAGCCUGACAGCUCGCUUAUUCUUCGAGCGUUUGCUUGAUCAUGACCAGUAUUUAACUUGGUUUUUGUCAUCUUUGGAGGGCGCCUCACUGAACAUGGUCCCUGUCUGGUUGCUAAUGCUAGGUAUAUACUGGGACAGUAUGUUGCGUUAUAGAAAACGUGGACGGCGGCUGGUCGAAGUGCUUCUCGAAAAGCUGCGCCAGGUAACUGAGCUCGGACGGCCUACAAUGCUUCAGCCGCUUGCCGAUCGGCUUUCGUGCUGCAUAAGAAAGCUGGUACUCGAACAUACAUCGUCCGUGAUACUUCCGAACUCGUGGGGAAAGCACCGAGAUCUGAUCCUUUCCUGCCUGAAUAUGAAGGAAGCCGCGGACAAGACAAUAUUUGACAGCCUCGCGGAACGUAACACUCGAAUACAAGUGCCGAAAGCUCGACCAGAAUCCACACAACAGUCUGCACAACAACGAGUGAUUCAGCUGUUCGAUUCAGUACGAUCGUCCCAUGACAUACCCUCUGCCUCCGCGGCAUGUCUGAAUGCCUAUGAAGAUAGGCUAGCACUGGUCUCAAAACUUCUCGAGUGGUCGGCAACGCCAUUCCGCUCUGGUCUUCGCCGUGUGUAUACAGCAGCUCGGCUCCUGCGGAAGUGGAAAAUGUCUGGCGUUGACAUUGAUUCUUACAUAAUUUCUUUUCUGAGCACCGUUAAGGACAUGGCUCAGCUGGAAAUGGACAAUGUCUACCAUGUCAUAUCCGAACUCGUCAGGUCUCAAACUUUCUCUAUCAGCAGAUAUCUUCAAUGGCUCAUGGCUAGAGGGGUUACCGGAAACUUGGAUGGUGCAAGUGGCAAGGUUUUAUCUGCUGAUGCCUGCCUUCUCACUCAACUUCCCAUGGGUCGUUUACCAGAACACAUCCGCAAUCUUCGCCUAACGCUUCUAGCUCGUGCUGGGGUGUCGAUGAACGAAGAGGUUUCCAUCAUCAAAUGUUUAAAGUCCUCGAUAAGCCAACGUCUGCCCAAGAUUUUCCAUGGCGUGGCUAGCAAUACGAUCUACACCAACUUUUCACAGCUCCAACUGACAUGGGCUAUCAAGUCUGAGAUCAGCAUGUGGGUUCGACAGGGUGUAGCCAAACAUUUAAAGAAUACAUCAAGGGAACUCGUCGGACGCCCCCUCUCAUUCGACUCAAAGAUUUCAGCCUUAACCUCAGAAGAGUUUUACUACAUUCGAGAGAUAUUAGAGCGUUUUGGAGACUGCUCGAUCCUGGCAGAUGUGCUCAAACAAGCUACUGAAUGCGAUGACAACAUAGUUCUAGCAUCUGCGUCCGAUACUAUCAACUACCACUUUGACGCCUUGUCUGUCAUCGGCGCCACAUCAGAUCUGUUUAGAGGGCUGAUAGGGUCCUAUGCGCGCCUCAAGAGAUUCGGCACUCUCAACUUGGACUUCGUCUUCUCAUUGAUCGAGCUCGGCCUACGAUUUCCUGACGAGUCUAGCACCGUUUCUCUUCUCCGUCAAGACCUUGCUCGGAUUGAAAGCAAGUCCGCACUAGCAGCACCUUCACCACUAUCGGAUCACAUUCCUACGACGUUCAACGAUGCCGAUGCCUCGUUUCAAGAAAAGCUAGAUCAGCUUCUGUCUGGCGGCAAUGGCUUAGACGAGUCUUCGAUGGGCUCUGUUUUCAACUCACUCACGAAGAUUUUGACGUGCGGUAACGGAAGGGCCAAAAUGUCGGCAAAAGAUGCUUGCAGAUAUCUGGCUUACCUGCGGCCCUUCAAUCCCAAGUAUCUCGAUCUUAUGCUAGUGAGCUUUGUGUUUCUGGUCAAGAAGCUAUCGACUGCUGAGAAAACGAAAGCGAUUAUUCCCGAUCUAGAUUGUUUGCGGCUGGACCUGCUUGAACUCCUGAUUCCUCAGGAGGACCAUACCGGGGACUUGGUCACUUAUCGUUUCCGCCUGGCGCAGCAAGAGUUCUUCUCCAAGUACCCUGACGAAACCCUGAACAUCAUUAACGAUGCAAUUCCUUUAUUCGAUUCCCUUUCCCAGGACAGGGAUUCAGAGUCAAAGCGGUCAAAGCGAGCCGAGUUUCCAGCAUGCACUGCAGCAUUGCUACGCACUUUACUUGCACAGAACCCGAAACUUGUGCCGGAAUACUGUAUGCGGAAGCUCGGGGAUCCCUCAUCAUUCAGUUCUGUGAUAGGAAGAGCAGUUGACACCCUUUUGGGUCUUGACUCAGAUGGCGGUUUGUUUUCCUGGCCUACUAACUCUAGUGUACAACCGACUCACUGUUCCACAGGGAAGGAGCCUAGCUCACAAGCCGAAAGAGUCAUUCUCAUGAACAGUGACUUUUCACUACCAUUUUGUCAGCUGAAGCUGCAACUUCUGUUCAACGCAAAGGCGGGCGAUGAAGUUAAGAACCACAUAGUUGACGUGAUGUUCAAGGCUGCGGUGACAGACUCUCGCUCCAAAAGAUCUCAUUGGGUUGGUCUUGUCAAUCUUAUGGAUCAAGAUGCAGCCCGACAGAUUCGCGAGCGGGCGGAAAGCAGCUUUUUCUCCGUUACGAUGUUUGACGAACCCGCGGAUGAUCCGUCAUCGCCUACUGGAGCGACCAGCACAACCUCGAUCGAAAGUGCGAGACUAUACCUGACAAUUAUUGAGAAAUUGGCGUAUAGCAUUCCUCAAUCUGGUGUUCAACCACUGGCGCCUCUUCUGGUGGAGCGGCUGGAUUUCCUGCUACAGAAACUCAUCAUAAUGCAAACCAACUCGAACAGCUUCGCUGAGAACAGGGACGCUUCCAGCUCAGGUCCAGCCGUCAUGUCGCGUUUCAAUUUUGAGCGAUCCCUUGCCUUUUGGUUCUCCGCGCUCCUCAGGUUGACUGUGUUGCACCGUGCUGCUUUUAACGCGCCGCCAUCUAUGGGCUUCAAGGCUGGCAGCUUACAGGAACAGACCCGCUUGCUAGUGUCUAUAUUCUGCAUCUCGCUGGCAAGGCUGCCAGAUAAUAUCCUUCGUCUGUUUCCAACUGCCGACUAUUUCCCCCACGCCAUACAACCUCAGAACUUCCGACCGUGUCCGGGGAUUCUGCUACAAACCCACGCCUUGGACGUCGCCGCGUCUCUCAUUGACUCGUUCCCGGAUGAAGCACGCCAGCAAUGCGGGCGUUUCCUCAGAGAGAAGUGCCCUCCCUUCCUCAAAUUCCAGAAUGACCGCCGAUUUCUCUAUCUCCUGGGUCCAGUGUCGGAGGUGACUAUUCCCAGCUCUCAACUCUCAAUAUCCAUUUCGUCCCCUGCUGCUGGCGGCUCUACUCCAAUCCCGACACCGUCAGGAAUUCUCCCGGGUGGGCCUCCAAACCCGUCAACGCAAAAAAUGGUUGCGUCUACUGGUUCACUUUCCGGGCUGUCUGAGAACACGAACAUCGUCUCGGACCGUCUUCGCGUACAGCACCGCGGUCAUAUCGCUGGGCCAUAUGCCCUACGGCAAUGGGAGCUUCUUGAGGAUGCGGCUCCCCUUAUGAGUGUGAAUGACACCGCCUUGAGUUUGAAGCUCUUUGACGCCAGACGUGUCAGGGCUCCUCAUACAUAA